CCGCAGAUCUAGAAGGAAUAGGACUUAAAUAGGCCAGAGACUUGCUUUGCAUUGAGUUUAGAUUUUAUACCACCUAUAUAAAACGAAAAGAUGUCGGAAAUCGAGGUUUAUAACGAUUCAAUCCAAUUCGUGUGCGAGUUGUGUUCGCUCAGGUAUUCAACGUUCGAGAUUUUGAUGACUCACAACCGGAUCAAACACUACCACUCAAUACGCUUUCGAUGUGGACUUUGCAACGAAGCUUUCAUGAAUGAGGAUGACCUGCACUGCCAUUUUAUCCUGACGCAUCGAAUGGAUCCGUACAAUUUGGAGAGCAGUCAGGUUAUUCACCAUAAAAGGUCCUUCAACGAAAUGGUUCUAUCGGACGACGAACGAAACAGAAUCAUAUCGCGAUGUGACAAUCCAGAGGAGUUUGACGACGACGAUUCGGAUGAGGGUAUGACUUUUGGUCAUCGAUGUGCUGGUGAUUCGGAUUCAAACGAUGAUGAAAUAGAGCUAAACUACAACGAACUGUUCAAAAAGCGGAAACAAAGUGCAAUGACGCAGGAAGAGAUCAUGGAACUAGCGGAUGUGUUCAAAAAACCAGCUGAGGCCAUGUGUAUUUCCAAGCUUCAUUUCUAAGGCAAGUGCUGGUGCUGGAUGAAGAAAACUGGUGCUAAUCAUUUCGAACUAAUUCGGUUCGUAGUUUUUUUUAAGCCACGUGUGAAUGAGUGAGCGCUCUAUUUCUGCGUUGUGUUGCAGAAUAUCAUAUGAUACGUAUUUUGAUAAGGCUGACGUCGAUCUUCCGAGCUUAAGUGUUAAUUUAAUCAAUAAACUUGUUGAACCGUUUUUUUCAUAUUGAAAA